AUGGCCGAAGCCGCAGGCUUGGCCGUAGGCGUUAUCGGCCUUGUUGGGCUGACAAGUUCCAUCAUCCAGAUGGUUCAACUUGUUAGCAGCCUUGAUGAUUUCGAGGACGACUACCAGAUCGCAGGGGCAAUGCUCACUUUCACGGCUGCCCGAUUUACCCAAUGGGAGAAAGGCGCAUUCCCUCAAGGGGAAGGGUCAGUGCGGCAGAUUCCAAAUGUCGAAGGCGCUCAGAAAUUCCUGGAAGUUAUUGAUCGGCGUUUCAAAGAUGCCUGCCAACUCCUCCGGACACACAGUGACGAGUCUACCGAGCCUCCUGCCGAUACCACUGCAACAAGAUCUGAUCGACUUCGCCACAUUUUCAAGCCCCUCUUUCGAAGCACUCGUUUCGGUCACACCGCAAAACGUGCCAGGUGGAUUGUCACCGACUGCGAUCGGCUUAGACGUAUCUGCAACGAGUUGACAGUCGUCAUUGAGCAUCUCGAGGUGCUAGUGCCUACGACCAGUGCCAAUACCGGUGAGGUCACGCGCCGGGCGGAUGCGCUGAAGCUACAAGCAAGGCGGGACUUUGAGCAACUCGCAGAGGUAGCCCGCGUCUACAACCCUCAUCUCUUUCAAGAAAUAGAAAUCAACCGCCAGCUUGUUGCGGAGGGCCACGUGGAUAUCACGGGAGCGAGGAUAGGGGACCACAGCAAAAUAAGCAUCGGAACUCGUAUUACCGAAGCAGCCGCUAAACGAGGUUUCACUGAUCGCUCCUGGAUCAACGCAAGGGAUAUGAGAGUGGGAAAAAACAGCGAUGUCCAGGCUGGCCUUCAAGUAACAUAG